UGAACCACGUCGCGCGUCGCCGCUGCUUACCUGGCAAAGUUCACUCACACACAAGUACACACAACUUGUCGCGACUGCGGUUGCCGUUCUCGACCGCUUACUUAUUCAUUUUACUUAUAUAAAAAUCUUAAACACAGUAACAAUGAGAUUCUGAUUAUUAAUAUUAGGAAAAAUCGUUUUCAAUUAAGAUAUAUUUCGAACUGCAUGCGGCCUAUCUAUAGUGUGACAGUGCAGUCUUUAUGAAAUAAACAAACUAUGCCGUAUAUUAUGGUGAUGGGAAGCCUUAGCGCGCCGCAUUUAUCUAAGGACGAAGGUGCAACUGUUUACGGGCUGAAAAGUGAAGAAAGAUCUACGCUUGUGAGGGAAAUGAAUUCAUCUUUUGGUAUGGUAGUUGCAACGUCAUCGGACCAAGAACGGACUGUUCGUGUGACACAGAAGGGUCUAACACUGAUGCUCGUCAACAGGAUCCACGGUUUACUGGGCUACGACGUAGUAUCGCACGCCAUGGCUAUGACCAACGCGAACCGGGAACUGGUCUCAUUCACCAUGUACAAGAAGUCAAGUGCAAAUUCUCACGGUCAGUCACACGGUCAGACGCACAGUCAGUCACACGGUCAGACGCACAGUCACGGUCAUACCAGCUCUCAUAAAAGUCAUACACACAGCAGCGUGGUUACGCUUUGACGAUUUACUUCGUGUCGACGUGCCUCCAUCACGUGAUAACGUUUUUACUAUAUAAUCUUUAUUGAAAUUAGUGGUUGUUAAAUUACGAUGCAAAAAAUUGUAAUUUAACGGUUAUAUAAAUAACAUUUAUGAUUGUGUAUAAAU